CUGUCUUCAAUCAAUGUCGUCAUGCCAUUUUACCUUGAUGAGUGGGAUUGACUCAUUUUCUCACCCAUACCCUCGACUACCGACAGAAACUUAGCCCCAUUAGGGGUAAAACCCCUUGAUUUCGUUGUACCCAAGUCCUUGGCGUCAGCAGAGGUGGAGGUCUUGUUAAUCCUCCCUGACAAAUCCACCACCACAGAUCUACACGUGGUGAUCUCCUUUGUGUCUUGUUGUUGCAGGUAUAAAAGGCUCGACACGACCGAAAGAGAUGUAGCGCCCAACUUGACAGCCUCGCCUUAUCACAACCCGUAAAAUAACCAACAAUGGUCGACGCUGGCUUCGGACUCGUGCCCCUUGGCACCCCGGGAACCCCGGCCCCGUUUACCCUUCACGUUCCGGGCAGUGACAUUCACCAACUAUCUAGCCUCGUCAAGAGUGCUGUCGUCGGGGUGCCUUCGUAUUACAACACGCACAACGCCACGGACGGGCCGGACCACGCCUUUGGCGCUUCACGGGACUGGUUCGCCCAGGCGGCUCAUGUGUGGGCCAACGACUUCGACUGGCGCGAACACGAGAAGUACUGGAACACGUUCCCCCAGUUCACCAUCAACGUCACGGCGCCCUCGGACGGCCAGGUUUUCGACCUCCAUUUCGCGGCCCUGUUCUCCCAGAAUCCGGAUGCCGUGCCCAUCAUCCUGUCCCACGGCUGGCCGAGCUCGUGGCUGGACUUCAUCCCCAUCUUUGAGCUGCUCGCCGAGAAGUACACGCCCGAGACGCUGCCGUACCACAUCAUCACCCCUUCGAUUCCGGACUAUGGACUCUCCACCCGCAACCAGCUGACGGAGACGGAACUGAACUUCUCCAAGGCCGCCGAGGCGCUCAACGAGCUGAUGAAGGCUCUGGGCUUCAACGCGUACAUCGCGCAGGGCGGUGAUGUGGGAUCGGGCAUCACGGCGGCGAUCGGGGCCGAGCAUGACGAGUGCAAGGCUGUCCACUUCAACAACUUCCUCCUCACGGACACGGAGCGGGCAGGCGUCGCGGAGCUGCCCGUCACUCCCCAGGAGAAGGCCUCACUCGCGGCCGGUGCCGAGUUUGCUUACUCGGGCACCGGCUACAUGCUGGAGCAGGGGACCAAGCCGGGGGCCAUCUCGCUGGUGCUGAUGUCGGGUCCGAUGGCCUUGCUGGGGUGGAUCGGUUCGAUGUACGCCGAAGCCACCAAUACCCCCCUCGACGUCAUCCUUCAGCAGGUCUCGUGGUACUGGUACACCAAGUCCUACGGCCGCGCGCUGUGGGCGUACCGCUCCGCCUGGGAGGCGAUACUGCGGGAUGUCCCGGACAAGUUGCCCUCCCCGCUGCAGAUCACCAACAAGCCCAUCGGGUAUUCGUUCUUCCCGGACGAGCCGUUGGCGGUGGCAAAAUCGUGGUUGGAACACUGGUUUCCAGAGAAUCUGGUGUUUCACCGGGCCCAUGAAAAGGGUGGGCAUUUUGCGGCGUUCGAAGUACCCGAGGCCUUUUUGGGGGAUGUGGAGGACUUUGUUGCCGCGGUCAAGACCAAGAUCAGCUUUUAGGGUCCCCGGUAUUGAUAAGGGGGAAGUUGCCUGUCCGGUGAGGGCUGAACCACUGAUGAAGGCAAUGCCACCACAUUAGGUACCUAGGUAGUUGAAGCCGGCUCUCUCACAGUCACUAUCGGAUUACGAAUUUAAGGCCUCCUUGCCC